AUGCAAAUAAGACAAAGGGCAUCCUCCUUGGGUCUGGCUAUGGGUGAGGCUGAGGUACACACCAGGAUAAGUCAUCUGCACCUGUGGCUGGAGAUGGUGAUCAUUCUUUCAACAUGGCCCUUGACUGGGCAUGCUCAAAACACCAGCCUCCCAGAAGUAGUGAUACCCUUACAGGUCACAAGCAACAGAACAAUGAGGGCUAUGGGAUGGCUGACCUAUAGCUUAUACUUCGGGGGCCAGAGACAUGUUCUCUACAUGAAAGCCAAGAAGUUUUUCAUGUCUAGACACCUCUCUGUAUUCACCUACACUGACCAAGGUGCUCUACAGAAGGACCAGCCUUUUGUCCAGAAGGAUUGCUACUACCAUGGCUAUAUGGAUGGAGACCCAGAUUCCGUGGUUGCUCUUACCACUUGCUUUGGAGGCAUUCAAGGAACAUUACAGAUAAAUGGCACAGUAUAUGAAAUCAAGCCCAAGAAUCUUUCUUCCACUUUCGAACAUUUGGUUCACAAGAUAGACAGUGAGGAAACACAAUUACUCCCUAUGAGAUGUGCAUUAACAGAAGAGGAGAUAGCCCGCCAAAGGAAGCUUCAAAGGAAUGAUAACACCACACUUAUGCAAAGCAGCUAUGAGGGCUGGUGGACCCACAAGCGUUUUCUUAACCUGGCAUUGGUUGUAGACCAUGAGCGAAUUCGUUAUCUGAACAGCAAUUUGUCACAUGUGUUACUGGAAACAUUGAUCAUUGUGCAUGUAAUAAAUGAGAUUUUUCUUACUCUGGAUGUUGAGGUGGUUCUGUUUGGAGUUGAGAUGUGGAAUACAGGAAACCAAGUGAAAGUGACUACCAUAGAUCACCUCCUGAGGGAUUUUUGCUAUUGGAAAUGGACCAGUCUUAAUUAUCGUAUUCAAAAUGAUAUUGCACAUCUUUUUGUGAGACAUGAUUUUGGCACAAAAAAUAGCUUAGCUUAUGUUGGAUCUGUUUGUGUGCCAUUUCUUAAUUGCGGAGUUGAUCGUCUUGAAGGCUCUGAACUUCAUCAUUUUGGACAACUUACGGCACAUGGGAUUGGUCAUAAUUUGGGUAUGAAGCAUGAUGAGCACACAUGUAAGUGUGGACAUUAUACAUGUAUAAUGGCUCAAGGACCCAUUGGUGUCAACAAAUUCAGUAACUGCAGUUAUGCUGCAUUUUGGACAAUCUAUGUGACUGCCAGCUGUCUGCACAAGGAAAAGAAGCCAGUUGGCAAAUACAGAUUAAUGUUCUGUGGGAAUGGUGUGAUUGACGAUAGAGAGCAGUGCGAUUGUGGAUCUUCAAAAAUGUGUGCAAAAGAUCCAUGUUGUAGGAGAGAUUGCACCCUUAAAGAUGGAGCUGCCUGUGCUUUUGGGCUUUGCUGCAAAGAUUGCCAGAUCAUGCCAUCAGGCACAGUGUGCAGAGAACCUGACAAUGAAUGUGACCUUCCAGAAUGGUGUGAUGGACAUUCACAUGAGUGCCCUAAUGAUGUUUAUUUGCUUCAUGGGAGCUCCUGUAAAGAUGGUGGUUAUUGCUAUGAAAAGAGAUGUAAUAAGCGAGAUGAACAGUGCCAACAGAUCUUUGGCAAAGAAGCCAGGAGUGCAGUUCACAGAUGCUACAGGGAAAUCAACACCCAAGGAGACCGUUUUGGCAACUGUGGUAUAUUCAGCAGUACAUACCUAAGAUGUAACGACUCAGACAUCCUCUGUGGGAGAGUUCAGUGUGAGAAUGUAAAAUCUAUUCCUACUUUGGAAGGACAUUCCACUGUUCACUGGACUCACUUCAAUGGUGUCACCUGUUGGGGAACUGACUACCAUUUGGGGAUGACAAUACCUGACAUUGGCCGUGUGAAAGAUGGCACAGACUGUGGUCCAGAGCAUGUGUGCAUUGAUAGGAAGUGUGUCAAUAAGUCAAUUUGGGUAAGUGAUUGUUCACCAGAGACAUGCAACAUGAAAGGGGUCUGCAACAAUUUACACCACUGCCACUGCAACCCUGGGUGGCGUCCACCACAGUGCCUUACAAAGGGCAGUGGAGGUAGUGUUGACAGUGGCACUCCACCUCCAAAAGAAGGGAAAGUCAAGAAGAGUAAUGAUUCAACUAAUCAUUAUGUAAUGAUUAUUCUGAUUCUUUGUGCUAUUUUCCCAUGCUUUGUGUUCAUUUGUUUUCGGAAUAAUUAUGUAAUAUCUCCUAGGAUAGAGGAACCUGGUGUUCACACUUCAGAAGUGAAAGGGCAGUCCUUUGAUGUCAGCUCUGCUAGAAAAAUCUCAUAA